AGCGAGCAUGAUUAUACGAAGAAUUAGUGUGAGGAAAUGGAAUUGGAUCACGUGAAAGAAGAGGAAACAGAAAGAAGAGAGAAUGCAGUAGGUGUGGUUAGAGAAGGAAGCAAGUUUUCCAAUUUGGGUAACUUCCUCUUGAAAGGGGCAAGCAAAGGUAGCUGCCAUGAAAUAGAAGCCACGUGAAAAUACAGAACCAGUUACCGUCACAUUAAUUGCUUUUCAACACCGAGCUACGUAACCAUUUAGUGCUACAACGCAACCCUAUUAUACCUAGGCCAUCAUGUUUUUUAGCACGUGUAACUCAUUUCCCACGUGUCCAUUCCUUCACUCAUUCAUUCAUUCCAUGUUUUCUCCUCCUUCUUUUUCUUUCCCCAACAAUCCCCUAUUUAUAAGCCCUUUCAAAUCUCUAAUUGUCCCAUGCACCAACCAAUAACCAAGUUCAUGGCUUCUUCUUUCUCUACCCAUAAAAACACGUGAUCACUCUCUCCCAUUCUUGCCACUGCCAUGAAGAGAAACUGCUAUCUGGAUCUUCGUUUUCGCCCUUCCUCUGCUUCGUCACCCCAUCAUUCAAUGAAUGAGCUGUUGAACAUGAACAAAAAAGUCUUGGCCAUUUUACAUGGUGCUGCUGGUCGUCACAUGCUUGACGUCACAGAACUUCAGGCAAGGGUGAUAAUAUGGUUGGCAAGUCAAGAAAUGGAUGGUAGCAGCAGAGGAGCAGCUUCUGCCAUGUCGCUUUCGUUGCAGUCACAACCGUUGCUAAUGCAUGCCCCCCAAGGCUUCUCAAUUAAGACUUCCCUGCGGAAUUUCCUUCACAAGAGAAAGAAAAGGUCCCAAAAGUCACAUGCCCAUUAGCACUACCUAUUCAUUUUUUCACAUCCAUUUUUUUAUCAUUCAUUUUAGUUACACCCACUAAAAAAAAUAAUAGAAAUAAUAAUCAUCUAUCCUUGGGUGUGUAUGAUGACGUAAAGUAAAAUUAAAGCUUAUCAACAUCUCAAUAUCACUUUUCCACUGCCUAAUAAUAAAUGAAAAGGACCGUUGGAGUCUUUUGAGUGAGUAAUUGGUGAUUGGAAAGUUUGAAUGUUGAUGGCGCUACCUUAUGUUAACCAAAUGAGUGUACUCUUAUGAAAAGUAUGUUUGAUUUGAAUCUAUUAAAUGUGUUUAGAAUUUUAAUCA